AAACGGUCGCGCAACAGCGGUGUUCGCAGCAUAAUGGCGGCGUCCACACGAGCGCAGGUGAUUUCUCUGUACAAGACAAUGCUGAGAGAGAGCAGCAAGUUCCCUUCGUACAACUACAGGACCUAUGCCCUGCGGCGGGUGCGUGAUGCCUUCAGGGCCAACCAGAAAGUGGAGGAUCCAAAAACUGUGGCAAUUCUGAUGGAGGAGGGGCAGCAGGCAGUGGCACUGAUACAGAGACAGGUGUCCAUAGGGAAGAUGUACGGGGCCCAGAAGAUCGUGGUGGAGUAACAGCUGCAGGAGGAGGAGGACGGUACCUUCAGAGACGGGAGCGACCCACCGCCCUGACAUCACCGCCGACCGCCAUCCUGCUUCUUCUCUGUUUUAAUCUGACACGUCCGUCACUGGGUGGAGGUGUGAAAUGCAUUGUGGGAGAUGUAGGACUAAAGGAGUAAAGCUGUGAAGUACCUGAAGUUUGUUUGGAGUUUAGAUGUUGAUGUUUUCAGGGCUGCACUGAUCACAUUAUUGAUUAUUGAUUGCUGCGUCCACUUCAGCUGUGACUAAUUAUCAUUCAUUUAUCACUUAUCAUUUAAUCUGAUCAAGAUACUGGAAAAUGUUUCCGAACCCCAAAGAUGUUGUUCACCACCGUCACAGGAAGGUUUAAUUACAGACGAGUCGUCGUCGUUUGACCAGAAACUUAUUUAAAGUCGUCACAUUGAUUCAUUUGAGCGAUUGAACAGGAAGAAAUCAUCAAGUGUUUGACAAGAAGAGAAGAGAGAUUAUAAAUUUACAACAUGUAACAACAUUUAGUUUCUUAUAAACGUUUCUUCUUCAUGUGUUCAGUCCAUCACCUCUGAUUCAGACACUGUGGAAACUAAUUGGCUUUACUAACGGGUUUUAUUUGGACUGUAGGAGGGACGUGGUGUGGCUGGUUACUGGUUCCCACAGCUUCCAGUGCAGAGACUCGCUCUGUAUGAGACCGAGACCAGGAUCUGUCCCUGACCUGAACCGGGUGCUGUGAGAGUCUGAACAGAACUUUAAAGACCCGAUCGUCCUUCAGUCGCUCGGAGUAACCGGAGGACGUUCAGAGUCUCGGACGUGGAGACGGACUCCAGGUGGCGCUGUGGUUCGGACAGAACCGGGUCUCUCUCAGUCCGGCUCGUCCUUUAGCAAACUGCUUCAGUUCAUAAGAAUCGAAUCCACUCAGAGAUCAGACGACACGUGAGCGUUUAAAACCAAAAAUCCAAAAUCAAAAUGGCAGACGCUUCGUUUUCUUUCUGUGACCUGACACAGGACUCGUCGGCCAAUCACGUUGACCUGUGUCUGAUCGAUCAGUGCAUCCCUGACUGUCCCUUUGUUAGUGUUAUUUUUGUAUUAACGCGCACAAUUAGUCCGUCGUACAUGAGGUCGUCUCGUUGUGUAACCCCGAGCGACGGAGAGGAAGUCACACAGACAAGAAUAAAGUGGUGAAACUCA